CAGCCGGUUAUACGGGCGGAAAGACGCAGACAUGAGCUCCUCUGAGGUCUGGAGUGUGUUAACACGAACAGUCGCCGUCUCUGACACCGUUUAACGGCAGUUUAGUCUCGGUUCGUUAAAAUGGCGUCUAGAAGAGCGGCAGCAUGGUGUUCGACGUGGAGGACCUUCAGCUCCUCGACCCUCCACGCCGCUCUGCGACCCCCCCGCCUGUCAGCGGGGAGCAGGCGGCAGUGCAGCUCCAAACUGGCAACCCAGCAGGACAAAAAGCCGAAGAGAUCUCCCUUCAGACCUGCACCCAGCUCCACACACGACUGGAUCGGUCCACCAAACCCUCUGUCCAACCUGCGGCCGAUCGUUUACCGCGUCCCCGAGAGCGAGACGGAGCUGGAGAAACGGCUGCGACACCUGAGGCAGGAGACCGAGGACUGGAACCACCAGUUCUGGACCAAGCAGAACAUCACCUUCAGCAAGGAAAAACAAGCUUUCAUCUCUUCACGGCUGAAUUCAAAAGGCUUGACUGUGCAUGACGAGGAAGGACGCCGCCGCUCCCUGAACAGCGAAGAAAUGGCCGUGUUUUACAAAAGCUUCCUCGACCAAAACAGAAUACGGCAUGCAAAUUAUAACAAGGAAUGGUACCGACGUAACUUCACCAUCACCCUGCUCAUGGCCCGAGUCGCCCUGAACAACAUGUGGAAGACUGUUACCAAGAAGAGCAGUGCUCCCACCACCUGACAGGAAACAAAAGAUUCGCCUCUCUCCUGUCCCGGUUUUAGUGCUUUGCUGUGCUCAUCUGAUGGGUGAUUUGUCUCGUUUCUGCCUGUCUCAUCUUUUUCUUCUGUUUUUGAUCUGUGGUUGAUGUAAUCAGAGCCCCCUCAGGCACCGAAACAUAUUUCCACAUACAGACAGAUGAGCCGAUGAUGAAUUCAGUCUCUGCGUCUUUUAUUAUAAUUAUACUGAAAAACAGAGGACAUCAGCAGGGCUGCAGGCUGUUAACACCUGCCUGCACUUCACUAUAACCCCCCAGUGGUUACUGAACAUUUACCUGAUGCGCAGGAUCACUGAGUGAUUGGAGGUUUUGGGUGGUGCUGAUUCUGGGAGGCAGCACAGUUGGGUUUGACGAGGUGUGUUUGAACUUCACGUUGUUACUGGAGGCAGCUGAGAGCAGAGAAACUGACAUUUCUGCCUGUUUUCUGUCAGAUUUCUCACCGUGAGCGUGCUGCUCAGUCAUUGAUGAGAAAAGUGAAUCAUUUCUUUCGCAGUCUGGUCACGUCGUUCAAAACACGAACCAAAAGUCUGUUGAUACUUUAAAAAAGAAAAAAGACGUCAUAUUGAUGUAUUGUACUUAAGUACAAAUUCAAGGUACUUGUACUUGAGUAUUUCCAUUUCAUGCAAACGUCUCUUCAUCUCAGAGACAAAUAUUGUACUUUUUACUUUACUUCAUUUGUCUGUCAGCUUUAGUUACUAGUUACUUUGCUGUCCAGUAAAAACCACGUAUCUCCAGAUGUGUUGAAUGUUUGUGAUAAACUGAAGGAUGAAGUUUUCCUUCAUGUCUUGAGAAAAUUCUCGUCCUUUUGCAGCUAAAUAAAUUGUUUAAAAAGCCUCUUGGAUCAGAUGAAAAUGCAUCGUCACAAAGCUGAGAACAGGCUGUUUUUCUGAGAUGCGAGGUUCUCACCUGAAACAUCUACAGCAGUUAAAUGCAGCAUCCACAUUAAUGCAGCAGGAAUAUUAAUCCACAAACAUCAGAUAUGAUUGAUUUAAGCACACUUUUCUGAUAAUACAUACUCAAAUAAGGGUUUGAAUGCAGGGUUUUAACUUUUCAUAGAGUAUUACCCCAGUGUAGUAUUAGGACUUGUAAGUAAAGGAUCUGAGUACUUCCUCUAUCACUACUGUACACUGUUGUGAUUUGGAUCAUCUGGCUGAUUAUUGAUAUCAUUAUUAUCAGCAAAAUGUUGUAACAAUGAUGUAAUUUUAGGUUCUUUAUGCACUACUGGUAAGUUUAAUAGUAAGUAACAGAAUCAUAUUUCCCAAACUCCUUCCAUGUUUUGUAUGUAAAAUCUUUAUCUGAAAAGUAAGUUAGCAAAUGAAUGUAUUGGAGUAAAAAGUACAAUAUCUUCCUCUGAAAUGAAGCAGCAGAAAACGCAAAUACUCAAGUACAACUAUUUCAAAAUUAUCUCAGAAGUACAGUAGUUGAGUAAAUGUACUUAAUUACUUUCCACCAAUGAAGGUUGAAUGAUUGUAUCUGUGUUGUUGUGCUUCUUCUUCUUCUUCUUCUUCUUCUUCUUCUUCUUCUUUUAAAUUGAUAAUGACCUAUGAGUCUGAAAUAAAGUUGAA